AUGCCGCUCCAGGAUCGGCCUCUUCAGCCACAGCAGGCGAUGCAUGAAGACAUCCUGAUCCACGGCGCACACUCCAUCGUCUUUCGAGAUGAAAGGAUGCCAACAACAACAACAUGUAUGGAUGAUCCUGUGAAUGAAGGACAGCAGAUGUGCCAGUCUAUUGUACAGCAGCUCCUGGCCAUAGCAGACAGUGCUUUAUGGGAGCGCUUCAUCCACUGCUUCCUGCUUCACUCCAACUCCACAUCAGUGCGUUGGCAGGCACACUUGUUGUUAUUGAGCAUCUUCAGUUACGGUAAUACAGAAGGACAGAACCUGCUGCUGGACCUGAUGUGGGGAGUCUGGCCACAUCUCCCCUCCUACGGCAGGAAGGCAGCUCAGUUUGUGGACCUGCUGGGCUACUUCUCCCUCAAGUGCUCCAUGUUCAAAGAAAAG